AUGGGUCAUAAGAGAAGUGAGACUCCCGCACGAGAUGCUUUAAUUAAGCUGGCUACUAAUUCAAGUUUGACUCGUGAUGCGUCCGCGCCGCAAGAUCUCAGUGAUCAGCGAAAGCAAGAGCUUGAGAAGGACCCAGCGCUCAUUAGUCUGAAGCGCAAGCGCGACAUGCUUCGGACUGAGUUCAUUGCACUUUACCACCAGUUGCGCAACGGUCGCGGCACGGAUCUAUACAGGGUGUUCCAAAGGGCUAAGAACAAAGUCAGAUCGGAAAGAAAGGCUCUUGCAAUGUAG